AUGUCUCUUCCAGACAAGAUAAUCCGCACUCUCAAACAGAUGGACAGGCCUUCAGAGUUCCAGAUAUAUAGAGACAUUCUUGCAGAAAAGCCAAAGCUUCCACCCGUAGAAUGGCAUGAUCUAUGUAAGCUCGUCAAAACAAGCAAAGUAUAUAACAUCCUGAGGAUGGACUUAUCCAGAAAGGAGGCUGAAGUUCUUGGAGGUGCAUUGAAGAAGGUCUCAUUGAACCAUGUGGACGACAUGGUAGAUAUCCUGGUCAAGAAGAAUGAUAAAAACACUCCUAUACUUCUAAGGUAUCUACUUGAGAAGAAGAAAAAGAUAUCCAUAGAUGCAGUCCAGAGGUAUUUCUGUGAAGAGAUAAAACGCCCAAUCACUUCGAAACAUCUCAAGUUACUUCUUGUGAUGUGCAGGAACUAUCCUUCAUCCAUAAGUCCUGCGAUCCUUGAUUUUUGCAGAUCUAACGGACAUCCCAUUUGUAGGGAAGUUUUGGAAUCAGCCAUGGAUGUUAUUGAAUAG